UGAACCAUGGAAAUACCAGCAGGAGACCAUUCAAAUCAUUGCAUCAGUGAACAAAGUUGGAACGAAGACAGGAUUCCCAGGAGUUACAAUGAAGAUCACAGCGUUGCUUCUUAUUGCUUAUGUGGAUCUUGUCUUUGGCUACAUCCCAGAGGAAGAAAAGGACCCAAUGUACUGGAGGAACCAAGCUCAGAAUGUACUGAAACAAGCUCUUAAACUGCAAACCCUAAACACAGCUAUUGCUAAAAAUAUCAUUCUGUUCCUGGGGGAUGGUAUGGGGGUGCCCACUGUCACCGCAGCUCGCAUUCUGAAGGGGCAAUUGGCCAAUCGCACUGGAGAGGAGGGCUUCCUAGAGAUGGAUAAAUACCCACAUGUGGCUCUUUCAAAGACGUACAACACGAACGCCCAGGUGCCGGACAGCGCUGGGACUGCCACAGCGUACCUGUGUGGUGUGAAGGCAAAUGAGGGGACGGUGGGUGUGAGCGCGGCUGCCUUGCGCAAGCAGUGCAACACCACCUUCGGCAACGAGGUCACCUCCAUCCUCAAAUGGGCAAAAGAUUCUGGGAAAUCCACUGGCAUCGUAACAACUACGCGGGUCCAACACGCGACCCCCAGUGCGGCCUACGCUCACUCUGUCAAUCGUGACUGGUACGCAGACUGCGACAUGCCACAGGAGGCUCGUGAUCAGGGCUGUAAGGACAUUGCUCAGCAACUCAUCCUCAACAUUCGCCACAUCGAGGUGAUCAUGGGGGGAGGCAGGAAGUACAUGUUCCCGAAAGGUACCCCCGACGAAGAAUACCCGACCGAGGGGAAGGCCAAUGGGACUCGAUUGGAUGGAAAGAACCUGGUGCAGGAGUGGAAAGACAGUAAACAGGGCAAGAGAGCUGAGUACAUCUGGAACAAGCAGCAGCUCAAGCAGCUGAACUUAUCCAAAGUGGAUUAUUUAAUGGCUCUGUUUGAACACGGGGACAUGCAGUAUGAGCUGGACAGAAACCAGGAAACGGACCCGUCCCUGGAGGAAAUGGUGGAAGUGGCGCUCACCAUCCUGUCCAGAAACCCCAACGGUUUCUUCCUGCUGGUGGAAGGUGGACGGAUCGAUCACGGACACCACGAAGGCAAAGCCAAGAAAGCUUUAUUUGAAGUGGUGGAAUUUGACAAGGCGAUCGGCAAGGCCGGGGUUUUGACCAGUGCGAGGGACACGCUGUCCGUGGUUACGGCUGACCACUCUCAUGUCUUCACCUUCGGGGGCUACACUAACCGAGGCAACAACAUUUUUGGUCUCGCUCCAUUUCUAAGUGACAUCGACCACAAGCCGUUUACUUCCAUCCUGUACGGGAACGGACCUGGCUACAAGCUAGCCAGCGGGGAGCGACGCAACCUGUCGAGUGUUGAUAUCAAUGCCAAGAGCUAUCUGGCCCAGUCGGCUGUGCCCCUGAAGCAGGAGACUCAUGGAGGGGAAGAUGUGGCCAUAUUUGCCAAAGGCCCAAUGGCUCACCUGUUCCACGGGGUGCACGAGCAGAACUACAUUGCCCACGUCAUGGCCUACGCCGCUUGUAUUGGUCAGAACAAGGAGCACUGCAGCUCCUCAACCUGGCCCAGGCCUAGUGCUGCUCCCAGCACUGCAGUGGCCAGCGCCAGCUUAUUACUGCCAUUGCUGCUGUUACUGCUGCUGUCCUGAGCUGAGCUCCGAGUGCUGAGCAAGGCGUUGUGUGGCGGAUUUGUAUUAUCCACUUCAGGAGGUCCUGGUCCUUUCAAUGCAAUGGUUCUGGUCUGUGGAACCGCACAGUGACCUGUCGGGAGAUGGAGUCCUGUGGGCCCAUAACUGUAGCAUAUAAUACACCCUUGGUGAUAGCCUUGCUCCACAAAGCAGUCCCUUUCCCCUUCCCGUCCUCACUCAGCCCCCUCACUCACCCCUUCUAUCCUCAAAACCCAGGCACGAAAGGCCUUGUACAAGACGAUGACUGAAAUACAACCACUAACUAAACCUGAAACAUUCCCUUCCCCCCUCCCCCACCCUCGCCAGGCACAGCAGCCAAGUGAACCCUUCACAGAGCUCCUGAGCCCCAGCAGCAGCUGGACUGCUCCUCUCUCACUUUGUCACAGUCACGUUCCCUGUUAUAUAUAACGGGAACUUCAGGAACUCUUUCCCUGGUAGUGUAAAGGCUCGUAGGAGAGUCCUGAGCUGCUGGUGGGCUGCCACCCAGUCCCGGACAUAUCCCUCCACGUUUAUUCUCUGCGAGUUCCCAACAAACUCCUCAAUUUGCUUUAUUUUCCAAAAAGAAGCCCCAAAGUCCCUAAUGGACCAGAAGCGUUGGCUGGACAGGGCAGAGCGUGAGCGUGAGUGCAAUGUGUCCAUCCUAUUGCAGGGAUGGAGCUACAGUGUGUGUGUGUGUGUGUGUGUGUGAGUGUGGACUCAGCUUGGUUUCAGCCAGGAAGCUGAUUCUUCUGCUGGGCUGUGUUUAUAGAACUGAUUCUGACUCUGCAAACUUUUUAAUUAAAAAUAAUGUUUCUGGGAGGGGGAGGGAU